AUGCUCUUGGAUCUCGUCCUGGCGGCGAGUCUGGCCACUUCCAGAGAUAAGAAGGGCAACUGCACGACGGCUGACGGACUUCAGGCGUUCACUUGUCUUUUCGUAAGUCGAUUAACCUUGAACAGUUCACAUCAUUCGAUCUCAUUUUUAGCGCAUGAACGACUUCAUCGAGAAGAUUGACGAGUUGGACAUGGACGACAAGAAUGAGGUCAAAGAGUUCAAGAAGUCGUGCGACACCCUCCAAUCCUGCUUCGCCGUCCUCAACUGCCGUGCAAAGAAAGACCAAGAAGAGGUGGAUGUUCCGAAAAUGAUCAAAUCCUACUGCGACUUAGUCGUCUACAUCUCCACUGACUUUGCUUUGUGCACCGAGAAACUGGAGACGAAGAAGUCCAAGUGCUACCAAGAUUGGGAUCCGUUCCCGGAUGUCAAAAACGAGAAGGACGAGACAAAGAAGGUCGAGGCAAAAAAGGAGGCGUGCAAGACCUAUUUCGGAAAGGAUUACUGCCUGAAGAAGGAGAUCACCGAGACUUGCAGUGCCAAGGAAUGGACCGGAUUCCAUAAUGUGAGCUUUUAUUACUUUCUUAUCUAAGUUACCCCUUCCUUCUUUUCAGCACUUCGUCAACGUGAAUUUCUUCAUGAAUCAAUGCGAGAAAAGCCAACUUUGA